CAGGGGUGAGCUAGGGUUCUGCAGUGCUGACUGCAGGAAUAAGCAGAUAUACUUGGAUGAAUUGAAAAAAGUUGAGACUUAUACUAAAAAAAUGUUAGCAUCCUUAGUCCGUCAACGUCGUCGAGGAGCUGGCCGGUGUAGGCAAAAUAUCGUUGCAUCGGAGGAUUUCCAGCAGCAUGGCAAGCCAUCGUCUUCUACAAAUCAAGUUACAUUCACCAUCUCAUAGUCCACAAAUUUGUGGUCCACAAUCUAGUAAAAUUGUAGUACUAGAGUUUAAAUUGAAUUAUGUACUAAUGAAAAAAUUGGAAUUAGUGACGUAUAAAGUUCAUAGCUUAACAGAAAAAUUCAUUGUCAGAAAUAAAUUUAGAUUUUUAAGUUUA